CUCCCUCGACACCCAGAGCCACAAUGGCAGAGCUGCCUGUGACAGAGACACCUGGGGACCCUGCUCUGUGCCGUGGGCGCUUCACCAUCAGUACAUUACUGGGGGCCGAUGAGCCCCCCUCGGCGGCUGCCUAUGACAGCAGCCACGCCAGCCACCUGACCCACGGCAGCACCCUGUACAUGCGUACGUUUGGUUACAACACCAUCGAUGUGGUACCUGCCUAUGAGCACUAUGCUAACAGCGCCCUGCCCGGCGAGCCCCGGAGGGUACGGCCCACAUUGGCUGACCUGCACUCUUUCCUCAAGCAGGAAGGCAGCCACCUGCAUGUCCUGGCCUUUGACAACCGGCCCAGCCAUGAGCUGGUGGACGGGCUGGCGGAAGAUGAGGCAGGUACCAACAGUCAGAAGAGCCCUGGGGAGCCCGUGCGCUUCGGCUGGGUUAAGGGAGUGAUGAUCCGUUGCAUGCUCAACAUCUGGGGUGUGAUCCUCUACUUACGUCUGCCCUGGAUAACAGCACAGGCGGGCAUUGUCCUCACUUGGGUCAUUAUCCUGCUCUCGGUACUGGUGACCUCCAUCACUGGCCUGUCCAUCUCAGCCAUCUCCACCAAUGGCAAGGUCAAGUCAGGUGGCACCUAUUUCCUCAUAUCCCGGAGUCUGGGCCCAGAGUUAGGUGGCUCGAUCGGCCUCAUUUUCGCCUUUGCCAAUGCCGUGGGUGUGGCCAUGCACACUGUGGGUUUUGCGGAAACUGUGCGGGACCUCCUGCAGGAGUAUGGCACGCCCAUUGUGGACCCCAUCAACGACAUCCGCAUCAUCGGCGUGGUGACAGUCACCGUGCUCCUGGCCAUCUCCCUGGCAGGCAUGGAGUGGGAGUCCAAGGCCCAAGUGCUGUUCUUUCUUGUCAUCAUGGUCUCCUUUGCCAACUACUUGGUGGGGACGCUGAUCCCCCCGUCCGAUGACAAGGCCUCCAAAGGCUUCUUCAGCUAUCAUGGGGACAUUUUUGUCCAGAACUUGGUGCCUAACUGGCGAGGUGUUGAUGGCAGCUUCUUUGGAAUGUUCUCGAUCUUCUUCCCCUCAGCUACGGGCAUCCUGGCUGGAGCCAACAUCUCUGGGGACCUCAAGGACCCUGCUGUGGCCAUCCCCAAGGGAACACUCAUGGCCAUUUUCUGGACCACUGUCUCCUACCUGGCCAUCUCGGCCACCAUUGGCUCCUGUGUGGUGCGCGAUGCCUCUGGGAGCCUGAACGACACGCUGGCAGCCAGCCCAGGAGCCUGCGAGGGGCUGGCCUGUGGCUAUGGCUGGAACUUCACGGAGUGUGCCCAGCAGCACAGCUGUCGCUAUGGCCUCAUCAACUACUACCAGACCAUGAGCAUGGUGUCUGCCUUCGCUCCCCUGAUUACAGCCGGCAUCUUUGGGGCCACCCUCUCCUCUGCCCUGGCCUGCCUUGUCUCGGCUGCCAAAGUCUUCCAGUGUCUGUGCGAGGACCAGCUGUACCCGCUAAUCGGCUUCUUUGGCAAAGGCUAUGGCAAGAACAAGGAGCCGGUGCGUGGCUACCUGCUGGCCUACGCCAUCGCCGUGGCCUUCAUCAUUAUUGCUGAGCUCAACACCAUUGCGCCCAUCAUCUCCAACUUCUUCCUGUGUUCCUACGCCCUCAUCAACUUCAGCUGCUUCCAUGCCUCCAUCACCAACUCCCCCGGGUGGAGACCCUCAUUCAGGUACUACAGCAAGUGGGCAGCACUGUUCGGGGCGGUGGUCUCCGUGGUCAUCAUGUUCCUGCUUACCUGGUGGGCGGCCCUCAUCGCCAUCGGAGUGGUGCUCUUCCUCCUGCUCUAUGUGAUCUACAAGAAGCCAGAGGUGAACUGGGGCUCUUCCGUGCAGGCCGGCUCCUACAACCUGGCUCUCAGCUAUUCGGUGGGCCUCAAUGAAGUCGAAGACCACAUCAAGAACUACCGUCCCCAGUGCCUGGUGCUCACAGGUCCCCCCAACUUCCGCCCGGCCCUGGUGGAUUUUGUGGGCACCUUCACCCAGAAUCUGAGCCUGAUGGUCUGUGGCCACGUGCUCAUUGUAAGUGUCUGGAGAGAUGGAGCAGGGCCAGAGCCAUCGGGACUGCUGCCACUUCCCCAACCCUGGCAGGCUGCAGGUCUGGGGAGACUGAAGCCCAACAUUCUGGUGGUGGGGUUCAAGAAGAACUGGCAGUCGGUUCACCCAGCCACGGUGGAGGACUACAUUGACAUCAUACACGAUGCCUUCGACCUCAACUAUGGUGUGUGUGUCCUGAGGAUGCGAGACGGCCUCAAUAUCUCUGAGGUGCUGCAGCCCCACGUUAAUCCUGUGUUUGACCCAGCGGAGGAUGGUAGAGCCACAAGCAAGAGUGGGGCGGGGCCUUCUGCGUCUGGCACAGUGGACGCCGAGGCCCUUGUGCAGGAGGAGCAGGCCCGCACCAUCUUCCAGUCGGGGCAGGGCACGAAGACCGUGGACAUCUACUGGCUCUUUGAUGAUGGAGGACUCACCCUCCUCAUCCCCUACCUCCUCCGCCGCAAGAAGAGGUGGAGCAAGUGCAGGGUCCGGGUGUUCGUCGGGGGCCAGAUCAACAGGAUGGACCAGGAGAGAAAGGCGAUCAUUUCUCUGUUGAGCAAGUUCCGGCUGGGGUUCCACGAAGUACAUGUCCUUCCUGAUAUCAACCAGAAGCCUCGGGCUGAGCACAUCAAACGAUUUGAAGACAUGCUGGCACCCUUCCGCCUGAAUGACGGCUUUAAGGACGAGGCCACGGUUGCCGAGAUGAGGCGGGAUUGUCCCUGGAAGAUCUCGGAUGAGGAGAUGAACAAGAACAGAGUCAAGUCCCUUCGGCAGGUGAGGCUGAACGAGAUUCUGCUGGAUUAUUCCAGAGAUGCAGCGCUGGUGGUCAUCACUUUGCCCAUAGGAAGGAAGGGGAAAUGCCCCAGCUCACUGUACAUGGCGUGGCUGGAGACGCUGUCCCAGGACCUCAGCCCUCCUGUCAUCCUGAUCCGAGGAAACCAGGAGAAUGUGCUCACCUUCUAUUGCCAGUAACUCAGGCUUGGCUAGUCCCCACCAGGACUGCAGGGGUGAGGGGCAAGCAGAGCCAUUGCUGGCUCCAGUCCAGGAGCUUCGGGUCCUGUGACAGGCUCCUCCACAGAGGAAGAUGGCUGGACCCCACUUCCACCGGACAUGGCCGCUGGGCUUCAUGACUAGGGAUUGGAGAAAUUACAGGUUGAGUUAUAUAGAAAAUUCUCUGGAAGAUUCUAUGUCCUCUUUUUUUUUUUUAAAGUUUGCUUUUGAUCUCAAUGACUACUAAUUAAGAUUUCAGCCUGUGAUUGGUGUGCUAA